AUGGCGUCGCCGGAGCAGGAGGCGGCGGUCGCCGCGGCCGUCGUGGAGGACGUGAUGCGGCAGCAGGGCGGAGGAUGCGGCGGCUCAGGAGGAGGAGGAGAUACGGUUGGGUCCUGGAGGAACCUCGACAUUGCCUGGCGCAAGUCGGAGGAAGCUGGAAAUUUGCAUCUUUUAAUGCAACUUAGCAUAAAUCGGGGCCAUUUGAAUUGGUGCUUCCUUUGGUUUGAGAAAUGCAGCAAUAAGAAGGUUGUGGAGGUGCCAUCGGAUUCUACUGUCCCUGCCGAUGGUACAGCUCUGUGUGCAUAUCAGUACUUUGAGAAUGUGAGGAAUUUCCUCAUUGGCCUGCAAGAUUUAGGUCUUCCAACAUUUGAGGCAUCAGACCUGGAAAAGGGUGGACAAGGUGUUCGAGUUGUAGACUGUGUUCUUGCUCUGAAGUUAUUUUGUGAUGCUAAGCAAGUGGGAAAACAAUCUCCAUUCAAAUAUGGUGGCAUUGUAAAGCCUUUGUCUGCAAAGUAUGCCAUUCGCAAGAAUAAUGAACCUUUUAUGAAGACUACUCCAGACUCCAUCCGGAUGCUUGUUCAAACAGUUCUCUCAGAUAAGAAACCAGAAGAAAUUCCUUCAGUUGUAGAAUCACUCUUGAGCAAAGUAAUUAAUGAAUUUGAGCGCCGUAUUGCAAGCCAGAGUGAAUUGGUAUAUUCACUUCUUUUACCAACCUCUCAAUUCUUGCUAGUGGACUCUACACAAGUGGAGUCUACUUCCCCCAGUGAUCUGGAAGAGGCCACUGAAAAUAUUAAGAUGGACGAAGUUGAGAAGAAUGCGUCAAGUCUGACGGAAGAUGUAAGUACAUUAGUACCUGCACCACUAAGCAAUGAUAAUGUCAACAAACAUAUGCCAAAGCCAGUGAGAAAUUUUGAUCGAGAACAGAAACACAUCCAGGAUUUGAAAAGUAACAUGUCCACUGUUAAGUCUUGCAUGGAGCAGUUAAAACUGCUGUACUCUGAAGACCUUAAAAAGCUUGGUGAUCAUUUGCGUAUUGUUUCUCAUGCGGCUUCUGGAUACCGUAAGGUUGUUGAGGAAAACCGCAAGCUUUACAACCAAAUACAAGACCUUAGAGGAAAUAUCAGAGUUUACUGUCGAGUGAGACCUUUCCUUCCUGGAAAAGUAAGUUCCUCGAGCAGUGUUGCUGGAAUAGAAGACAGAACCAUCACACUUAUGGUACCAUCAAAAUAUGGAAAAGAUGCAAAGAAGUCUUUUACUUUCAACAGUGUCUUUGGGCCUCUGGCCACACAAGAGGAGGUCUUUACAGACAUGCAACCUUUGGUCCGUUCUGUUCUUGAUGGCUUCAAUGUUUGUAUAUUUGCAUAUGGUCAAACUGGAUCGGGAAAGACCUUUACAAUGAGUGGUCCCAAAAUUUUGACAGAAGAAGGGCUCGGUGUCAACUACAGAGCACUAAAUGAUCUAUUCAAUAUCCAGGAGCAGAGGAAAGAUACAAUUUGUUACGAAAUUGCUGUACAGAUGAUGGAGGUCUACAACGAGCAAAAUCGUGCAGUUUGCUCAACUGCCAUGAAUGACCGAAGUAGUCGCUCCCAUAGCUGUCUGACUGUUCAUGUUCAAGGACGAGAUUUAACAUCUGGAACAGUCCUAAGAGGUUGCAUGCAUCUUGUGGAUCUAGCUGGCAGUGAAAGAGUUGAUAAAUCUGAAGUGGUAGGAGAUAGAUUAAAGGAGGCAGCGCACAUAAACAAGUCACUGGCUGCACUAGGUGAUGUGAUUGCAGCCCUAGCCCAGAAAAAAAGCACACAUGUUCCUUACAGAAAUAGCAAACUUACUCAACUAUUACAAGACUCUCUUGGAGGACAAGCGAAAACAUUGAUGUUUAUUCACAUAGCUCCAGAACCAGAUGCUGUUAGUGAGUCCAUAAGUACUUUGAAGUUUGCCGAGCGUGUUGCCACUAUUGAGCUUGGAGCAGCCAAGUCAAACAAGGAAGGAGGAGAAGUCAGAGAGCUCAAAGAACAGAUUGCUUGCCUCAGGGCAGCAUUAGCUAGGAAAGAUGGAGAUCAUGAGAGCAUACGAAGCACUCAAUCAAGCCCAGACAUAUAUAGAAUGAGAACGGGUAAUGCAUCACCUGCAUCGAGGCACCCAAUAGAAGAUGGAAGUAUAGAGAACGACUCAGCAUUGGGAGAUUUGGCUGAGCACUCACAGUUCGGGAGCAGCAAUUCCCUGUCAGAGUUGGGACCUGAUGGCACACAAGAUCUAGCCUUCUACCAAAGAAGCAGCCCUGAACAGCAAUGGAGCUGGUCUGGGUCUGUUGCAACAGAGGAUUCCGAUGAUUUCGAGGUUGCAACUAAUUGCUCGUCAGAGCUAGAUUGUGUGAGACCAUCUAGUGCCCCAAAAGCUUCAGGUUUAACAAAUGGAGGGGGCUCAGCUGCAAGAAAGACCCAACUCAAAGGUGCAAAAAGUUCAGACCUUAGAGUGAAUCCUGCAAAAAGGUCAUCGCCAUUACAGAAAAAGCUGAGUGCACCCUCACCAACGCUAAUCAAGAAGAGCGGUGCUGAAGGAAAGAAAACUCCAAAUGGUAAAACAGGAACCAAGAAGUAA